CACACACAUACACACACCCUCCUCCCCCAUCGCUGCAGUGUCUCUUAACUGCCUUGGAGCUAACAAGAGGGGAAAUAGCACACCGACAAUUAUAAGAGGAGGGGAGAGCACGACACAACGAAAGAGUGCCAGUGAAUGAGUGCAUGUGUGAGAGGAGAAUCAGGCGGAUCUGAGGAUGUUGGUGAUUCAGGACUAAGGGGACGGAUCGCGUGCUCCCUCUGCCUCCCAAGCGAAUGUUUGUCUGCAGUGUUGCUGGUGAAUGGACGGCAAGCGGUGAAACGGAACAUGGGCCUUUAGCUGCCUCACUGGCUUAUGUAAGCAGGACGAUCUAGUACACAGCUCUAGUACACAGAACUAAGGUCUGACAUUCCAUCGGACGGGAAGUGUCCGAAGAAAAUUAAAGGAGGGAGUUGACAACAGAUGAAUCAGUCACAGAAAUACAGGGAAGCACACUGGACGCCAUGAGGGAGGAGAGCGAAGGAAUUUUACAGUUUCGACUUUCUCUCGAUGAACACUGACAAGUCCACUUAAAGCCUGCCGUGCUCAGGGGAGAGAGUCCCCUGAUAUGAACCCCAAAUCCUUGGGAUCUGGAAUGCAAACACGCCCUUAUGCCAGGGCCUGAGUGAGUCUUCCACCAUGUCAUGGUAGCAUUGUACGCCAAAACAUCAACCCUUAAAAAAAAUCAUAAACUGUAGACUUGGACAAUGCAUGUUGUGUAACGCCAAUCUGAAACUGGUUUCCAGCAAAAGCUUCCUCUAGUAUCAGCUCUACUGUAUCACCAUAUCUUUUUACAUUGGAUAUAUUUACCGUCCACUCUCCCACUUCCUGGGAUUACCAGCUCAAUUCCAGGUGCAGUCAACCAUGGGGUGCCGGCAGAGUUCGGAGGACAAGGAGGCCGCCCGGCGCUCACGUCGCAUUGAUCGACACCUCCGCUCAGAAAGCCAGCGGCAGCGGCGUGAGAUCAAACUUCUGCUGCUCGGCACCAGCAACUCCGGCAAGAGCACCAUUGUGAAGCAGAUGAAGAUCAUCCAUAGUGGAGGCUUCAACCUGGAGGCCUGCAAGGAAUACAAGCCCCUCAUCCUCUACAACGCCAUUGACUCGCUCACCCGUAUCAUCCGCGCCCUCGCCACCUUGAAGAUCGACUUCCACAACCCUGAUCGGGCUUACGACGCAGUGCAACUCUUUGCUCUCACCGGGCCUGCCGAGAGCAAGGGUGAGAUCACGCCAGAGCUCCUGGGGGUGAUGAAGCGCUUGUGGGCCGAUCCAGGUGUGCAGGAGUGCUUUUGCCGCUCCAACGAGUACCACCUAGAGGACAAUACAUCCUAUUAUCUAAACGACCUGGACCGCAUUUCUGCGCCCGAGUACAUCCCAACCAUCGAGGACAUUCUGCGCUCACGUGACAUGACCACUGGCAUUGUUGAGAACAAAUUCACCUUCAAGGAGCUCACCUUCAAAAUGGUGGAUGUGGGUGGCCAGCGUUCAGAAAGGAAGAAGUGGAUCCACUGUUUUGAGGGUGUGACUGCCAUUAUAUUCUGUGUGGAGCUCAGCGGCUAUGACCUCAAGCUUUAUGAAGACAACCAGACGAGCCGUAUGGCGGAGAGCCUGCGUUUGUUCGAUUCCAUCUGCAACAACAACUGGUUCACCAAUACCUCCCUCAUCCUAUUCCUCAACAAGAAGGACCUGCUGGCCGAGAAGAUCAAGCGUAUUCCACUGACGGUCUGUUUCUCCGACUACAAGGGGCAAAACACCUACGAGGAGGCGGCUGUGUACGUGCAAAGGCAGUUUGAGGACCUCAACCGCAACAAGGAGACCAAGGAAAUCUACUCGCACUUCACUUGCGCCACUGACACCAGCAACAUCCAGUUUGUGUUUGACGCGGUGACGGACGUGAUCAUCCAAAACAAUCUCAAGUACAUUGGACUGUGCUAGGACGAGGGGACGGGGGAGAGGGGCGGCGGGCGAGACAUAUGGAAAAAACCCUUGGCAAAUGACGGGGCCCGCCUGUCGAUCGAUCUGAGUGCCCUCAAAAAUGCUUGUUGAAACAGGAAACUCAGAUGAGGCCCAGAGGAAAGGGCUACAUGCUGCCAUCCUGCUAGAUUUAUCAAUGUCAAAAGCGUAAAGGUCAAAGGGGAUUUUACAAGGUUGGUAUAAAUGUGUUUGCACUGAACAUAUGAGUAUGUAGACACACACACACAUACACCAUCGUUACGUUUGUUCACACACAACGGACUACGGGAUCAGCCGUCAAGCACAUGUUUGACAUGGAAACACUGGAAACAGAUCUCCCCGCUCCUCUCUUCCCUGACAAACAGCAAGAAUUCCUUAACAUCCAUGAAAGGGAUAGUUCAUCUGAAAAUGUGCUCAUUUGCUCAUGUCAUUC